GACGGCAGCGGGGGCAGCAGCCGCGCGUAGCUUGGCAAGAAAAUCCAAGCACUGACUGAUUUCCAGGCAGUCACAGUGGUGGCCCGUCAGCAACGACUGAACUGAGCCAAAAGGCUCCUGUUGAUGUCAGUGGUUUCUGGGAAUGCUGCCUGCGUGGUUUUGUUCCGGGAUUUCCCUCUCUGUCCAUGCCUGGUUGAGCUCUGACUUCACUUGGGGCAAAUUUUGCAAUUCUGUGUUUAACAAAAGCAAGGCAUGCCCCAAACGCUGAGUUCUACCAGUAUGUUUACCCCAUGUGGCUUCAGCCCUCAUCUACAUACUUCAAAAGAAGAUGAACAAGGAGGACUGAUCUUCCAGGAUGGAAACCUUACCUCAGCAUCUCUGGAUGCUCUAAUCCAGCAUCUGAUACCUACCACUGAUUACUACCCUGAAAAAGCCUAUAUCUUUACAUUCCUGCUGAGUUCCAGACUCUUCAUCGAACCCCAUGAGCUUUUGUCCCAAGUUUGUCACAAGUGCAUUGAGCAACAGCGGCUGGACGACCCUGUGCUGGACAAGGCUCGGAUCAGAAAGUUUGGACCCAAAAUCUUACAGUUGCUGACAGAGUGGACAGAGACAUUCCCAUAUGACUUUCAGGAAGAGCGGAUGAUUGGCCAUCUGAAAGACAUGAUUCACAGGAUAGCCCCGUGUGAUGAGGCCUACUGGAAAAAGAUGAAUCAGCUUUUGCAAACCCUGAAUCAGAAGCUUGCAACCCUCAGCCAUGGGCAAGAAGGGAUUGUCAAGAUCAGUGCUGCUGUCUCUGAUAAGCUGGUUGCCUUUAAAAGUAAGCCUCCAUCAAUUCAGAGAGAAAUCCUGAGCGUCUGCAGUGACCCUUACACUCUGGCUCAGCAGCUGACACAUGUGGAGCUGGAAAGGCUAAGUCACAUUGGACCUGAGGAGUUUGUGCAGGCAUUUGUACAUAAAGACCCUCUGGAUGGCACCAAGACUUGUUUCAGUGAACAGAAGAAGACGAGUAACCUUGAGGCCUAUGUGAAGUGGUUCAAUAGACUCUGCUAUCUUGUAGCAACAGAAAUUUGCAUGCCUGCAAAAAAGAAACAGCGAGCACAAGUCAUCGAAUUCUUCAUUGAUGUUGCCCGAGAGUGCUUUAACAUAGGGAAUUUUAAUUCACUGAUGGCAAUCAUUUCUGGAAUGAACAUGAGUCCAGUUUCCAGGCUAAAGAAGACGUGGUCAAAAGUGAAAACAGCCAAAUUUUUCAUUCUUGAGCACCAGAUGGACCCGACUGGUAACUUCUAUAACUACAGAACAGCAUUGCGGGGAGCUGCUCACAGAUCCCUCACUGCGCACAGCAACAGGGAGAAGAUUGUGAUCCCUUUCUUCAGCUUAUUGAUCAAAGACAUUUAUUUUUUGAAUGAAGGAUGUGCUAAUCGCCUUCCAAAUGGACAUGUCAACUUCGAAAAAUUUCUGGAACUGGCUAAGCAAGUAGGAGAAUUUAUAACAUGGAAGCAAGUGGAAUGUCCCUUUGAACAAGACCCUAACAUUAUCCACUACUUGCAUACUGCUCCUAUUUUUACUGAAGAUGGUUUGUAUCUGGCUUCCUAUGAAAGUGAAAGUCCGGAAAACCAGACAGAAAAAGACAGGUGGAAAUCCUUGAGAUCCACUAUUUUAGGAAAGACUUGAAGAUUAAGAGAUUAUUGCAGUAGGUCAAGGAAAAGAAAUCUGCAAACAUUUUGCACUACUGAUUCCAAAGAUGCCUGUUUGGGAUUUAGACAAUUUUUUUGUUUGUUUUUUGUUGGGUUUUUUGACUGCCUAACAUGAUGGAUGAACUGGAUUCAUCCACUGAAAUCAGAAGAACUGUGUGCACAAUGACGCUUUUCUAACUGAGACAUAGAGAGGAAGGACAAACAGACUAUUUGUGGCUGUGCCCAAACCGCGUCAGGAUCACUGUAACUUUUGCCUCUGAAGGAAAACAUAAGAAAAUCAGGAGCAUGGAGAACCAUGGUACUGCAAAAGAGAAAAGUAUAAAAAAAGGAAAGCAAAAAUUACGCAUGAAUAUUUCAGAAGCAGGUGCUUCAGACAGAAACUCUUUAAAGCCUCUGAGGAUUGUAAAAUUAAAUCAAACACAGACACCGCAGCAAUCUGGUUAAUUGCUGAACGAAGAAAGAACUACUUAAUCUUACAUUAGCAGUCCCCAGCCUUGUUGAACAAAGCACUGACUGCUACAGGUAUAAGCUUCCAGCGGAUGAAAACUGACAUCACCCACUCAUAUGUAUACACGUAUGUCACGUAUAGACCACAUCAGCAUGGGACAUCGUACAAACCCCAUGAAUUUUUACAGAGAACAAUCUGAAUUAUGACUAUUGCUUAGUUAUUCUUCCCACCACUGUCGUUGCUUUUCUUACUGUGAAUCUUGGCAGAUCUGAGGAGGGCACAGAGUGUAGACGGUAUUGCUUAAAGAUCCAACCCCCACUACCACCACAUCUAAAGUUGAACUGAAGAAGCAAAUGACUCUGGAUUCAAUUUACCUCUAUUUAAUGUAUGUAGCGUAUUCCCUAAUUUUAUUGAUGCUGAGUUGCAGCUUUUAGAGGGUUUUAUCACACUUAAAGAAAAAAAGAUACUGCAUUAUGAUUUGAAAAAAAUCUAUCAGGUUCCAAUUAAUACAGUACUGUUUAUUUUGCAACAUGAUACUAAGAGAAUAGGAGGGGCGGUUAAUUGCUCUGAAUUUGGGAACUACACGGUAUUCUUUAAAAAGACAAAGGGUUUCAGACUAGAAUGAGUGCACUAAAGAAUUUUUCAGUCAUGAGCAGAUAACCAUUUUUCUCUUUUUUAUUUUAUGUUCACCAUUUCCUUAAAGAUAAUACGAAGUAGGGACUAUGUUUUCAGUUGUACAAUAAUCAAGGUGCUACUGUAACACAUAUAUUAAAUGAUAAUGAACUAUAUGGAUAUCAGAUUCAAAACCAAGCCCUAACAGUAAACUAAUUGUAUGUUGAAGGAAUGCCCCAGAAAAGACCUCAAAAACCUUAAAUAAAACCUAAAUGCCACAUGACACUGAACUUUGCAUUUGCACUAUUACUGAUUUAAUACUGGCCUUUUCAGAUGUUCCAGUCUUUCUCUGUCUCCAACAGAAGGAUGUAACCCCUUCUUUGAGAUCAGCAAUAGUUUUAUUUCAAUACAGAGAGAUUCCAAGUGGCAGAAGUGGUUUGAAGAAUUAGGCUAAUCACAAAACCUGGCUACGUUGGCCUAUGCAUUUAGCCAGAAAACUGGAACUGUUCCUGCCCUCCGCCAGGCCUCAAAAGUUACCCAUGCCUGAGUGAGUUGUUGAAAUGUGAAGCGUUGGUGAGCUGGUGUUUGAGGGCAGCUCUGACAAUUGAGCUGAUCAGGAGUGCAGCAGCCUGAGACAUUCUCUGUGUGAUCUACUGAAGGUUUGUAGUGUCUGUGGUGCAGUUCUUAUGUUGGGUUAUGAGCUGUGAAAACCUGUGCAAUCUGGAUCAUGGCCACCUGGAAUCUACUGCUCUUGCAAUUGCUGAGAUGAGCAGGACAGUUUCUUCUAGGUUUGCCUACGUAGGGGCUUGAGGCAGAAUGUCAAUUCUCCUUUUAGUAUAGGGCUAUCAGCUCAUGAAUUCAAGCAGGGGGAACAUAAAAAUGUUAUGUGUUUAUUCAAACUUUGUAUGGAAGAACUAAGUCUGUAAGGAUGGUAAAGCAUCAUUCCAGCCAGCAACGAUCACUAUUCUAGCGAUACUGUUAAUAUGCUGUUUUGUUUGUUAAUUUUUGUACGUGAGCUGAGAGCUAUACAGAGAAAUGUACACGCAAAGCCAUUCCUUCAAGCAGAACCAUUUCCAAAAUGAUUCCAUUAAAAGCCUGUUAAAUUCCAACCAAAUCCAGAGCAAUAACCAUAAACCUAUCUACAUGAGUGCUAAUGCUUAAGUGUGUUUGCUAAAUGGUCAUUUUUUUCUUAAGGUCUGCAUCUUUUUAACAGGCACACUGUGACUUCAUAGUGGCAAUGUUUUUUUAUUUAUCUGAAACCCAAUGUAGGUGGAUGGGCCCUUUCUUAAAACCUGCUUUUUCAAAUGCAAAUCCUCACUCCUUUUCAAAUGAGCCAGUAGAGGCUGGUACAGCUGAGAUUACAACACCCUGAAUCAAAAUGUGGUAUCUCAUGAUAAUACUUUAUAUUCUUGGGUACCUUCCAUGGAUUCAGGCAAUUUUAUGAGUUCAAUUAGAUCUUGUAAAGUUUAUCACUGUUGCAAACUAAACCACUUUCAUAGUCCAAAACUUUUGAACCUCAUUGCUUAAAAUGGAAGCAUAAAGGUCAGAUUUCAGUAGGUAUUAAGGGCUUAGUGGAACUUUCAGAAGCACCAAAUUAUCUUUAAGCCUUUAUGUAGUCACACAUUUAAAAGGACUUUUUUCAGAGGUGCUAAACAUCCUCAUCUCUUGGUGAAUACUGAGGCAAUUAUUGCUUUAUAGAGGUGCAUGGCAUAUUGAUCCGUAGCAUUUGGUCUCCAGAGAUGCUGGCUGCUCUUUGCAAAAUGACUUGGAGAUGAGAGUACAGAGCAACUUAAAAUGAGAAGACAGCACUUUUAGAAAACAAUAGCUUGUCUUCACAUAGUUUUGUAGCUAAAAUACUAUUAGUUUAAAUAGAAAUGGUGUAAAGCCUUAAGUUAUAGCUGUCAGUUGUGUUUGUAAUUCAUAUUUGGCCAAACUAGGGUGUACAACUCCAGCCAGGAGAGUGGUUAGAGUUUUGCUUCACCAACACGUUUAACAAAGCAUGAGUACAACUGAAAAUAAAGGAUGACAAUUUGGGGAAUAGAUUUCUUCCAAAAAUGUAUUAAUAUUACACGAAAAUGAGAAAAAGCACUUCCAGUUAUUAAUGUUUGCUUGCUAUAAAUAUGUAAAGAACUCCUACCAUGCUGAAAAGAAAGCAGUAUCACUUAACACCAAGCACUAAGCCACUGUAACGCACGUGGUCAUUAGACUAACAUAUACACAAGUUACUAGUAGUAAUGUCAUGGCUUUCCACCUUUUUCAGUGGAUUCACCUCCCUGACAGCUGCUUGAACUAAUGCUACACAGAGAACAGAGCAAAACUAGACCUAUAGGUCUGUAGUGUUAGUAUCAAAACCCUAAGCUAGUAAGAUGUGAAUAUACAAUACACUUUCAGAAGCAUUAGCUUAGCUUCUGUAUACAGCAAUAUUUUAAGACCCAAAUACGUGAAAUCACUUUUGCACCUCCUCUAGUGUAAUCAGAGUGGUAGCAAAAGUUCUGUUUUUUAAUUUCUCGAGUGUGCCAUUCUGCAAAGCAGAGCUAGAUAAAAAGCCCAGUGAAAAACAAUGAGGGAAUUGUGUGCCUUCAGCUUGUGUUGAAGUCAGAUUAACUUGCUCAGUGCCUUUCAAAAGACACUUAAUCAUACAAUCUUGCCCUCAAUUUCACAUCAGCAUCAAUCACAUUACCUAAUUAAAGGUCAAUGGAUGUAGGUCUGCUGGGCGUGACUGAAUUUUGAGGGAAAAAAAAUCUUGAAAUGAGUCUAGCACACAAGAACCCUGUGCACAAGACUACACUGAUCUUAGGAGAUCAUUGCUCCCUCUGUUAGGCGGUUAACACAAUCCUGUCAUACAGCUGGCUGGAAGCUCCCCAUGUGCAUAGAGGACAUACAGAUCUGGAAGCAAACUGUGAUCCCAGCCACUGCUGAGAUGGUACUUUAACAAAGUGUGGACGCAGCUGCUCAAGCACUUCAAAUAAGAAACAAUUUAAGUGCAGAGAUAUUUUUCUCAGCUUGAAGAUAUUUUAUGACGUGGUCAGUGAUGAUAAUCACUUAAAAUCAAGCCAGUCCCUUACUCAUACCUUGGUUACUUCGUCGUGUUUUGUUGUAAUAGUUUAUGCACCUUUUAUUAAAGCACAUGAGCACUGGUCUGCACAUAACGAAAUCCAGUUUAGGACAGAGCUCAGAUUACUAAAUAUGUAAUUGGAGUUAUCAAUAAAAAGACAUGUUAGUAGAAAAGCUACUGUUAUGCAUAUCAGUGUAAAAAUGUUAUGCAGUUAACAGUUCUGGCCUAACAGUGACUCUGUUCCAUAGAAUGAUACUGAUCCCAAGCACAGCGGCGUGCCAGAGGAAAAACUUCAAUUGAUUUUGAUGAGCUUUGGAGCAGUCCUUCAGAUAUUAACUAUAUUAGAGUUUUAAGUUAUUCAUAGGGAUUAAAUUGCAUUGACAAUGGGUAUAGUCCCUGGCCUGUCUUCUGAGCCAAGUGCAACUCUCAGAUGGGCAGGUGCACUUAAUAGGGUGAAAAUCCAGCUUCAGCAAAAGUUUUCUUUGACAUUGUUGAAGUUUCAGCACCAAAUUCAAGGAGUAGAUCUGAUCCAAUGAAUUAAUUCCCAUCUGAGAGCAAAAUUUUACUUUCUGGCUUUAAGAACCUUUUUUUCUUUUUAGACUGGUAGAAAUUAGCUUUACUGUCUCAGGUGUCUCUUUCAUUGGAAAUUAAAACCCUUUUGAUUGUGAACUGAUUAUUUCAAUUGUUGUAAUUGCAAAAUGGGAUUAUGGAGUGAUAAGGCAACAGGGAAAAGCCCCUUUGUCACUGCUCAGAGGCUCAACUGUGGGCCAGAGACUUUCUUUUCUUUUGUCCUUUUUAACAUUAUCUGUUGAGUGAAAUUACCUCAGUAGUUGGUGCAGGGCAUUAUUGAACUGCGGCUGGGGAACAGUGCACACAUAUCUGGUGUUUGUAUGGCAGCACAUACGCUAACAGGGGGAUGCAUAGAUGAUGAUCCUGUACAAAGCUGACAUGCAAAUUCAUAUCUGAGCCUGCACUCUUAGGUUUCUGAUACUGGGACGUAUCUCUUUUGAAAGGUAGGAAGUUCUUGGAAGCUCACCUGGGGCAAAGCUUACUUCCUUAUCCAUCUAACAAUGAUUACAAGUCUUUGAGCUAAAAGAGGUUCCUCUAGAGGACUUGAAACAGGGAAGAAUUUGUUAUUUAGUUGACAGAUUUUAAGAUCUAAGCAACAUGGAAAAAUAAAUAUUUAAAAAAAUUAUGAGAAAUGCCUUGAUGGUUGUUAGCUUUUGUAUUUCAGAGCAUGGCAGCAUGCCAUGUGUGCGUACAUCCUAUUAAUAUUGAUGGCAGCUGGACAGGUGAGAAUACAGUGAAAUACUGACGUAGGAAGCUGUACUAGUACUUUUGGUUUAAUGUUGGGUAUGUUCAGAAGCAAGCACACUGCCUUAUAGUGUGUCCCUAUCCCUGCAACCACUGUUAGCUGCUCUGUAGAACAGCUGAGCUCUGAGCUGAGCAGAGGAGGCAGCAAACAAGUUACCUUUUCUUGAUGGAACAUAUCUGGAGGCUAAUCUGUUUUGUAUUAAUUUCUUUUACAGUUCUUUUUGCAUGUUUUCAGAUAUGCAAAAAGUACUAAAUACAUUAAGCUAAUGCUCAUACAGGGUAUCACAUCCUGCAUUUUUACAUUAUGCAAGAUGUAGAUAAGAAGCUAAUAGCUUGUAUGGGUGGUAUUCCAUACAUUCUGCAUGGGUGCAAGACACUGAAACUCAGGCUAUAACCUCAGCUACAAAGAAAAGCUAAGUAUGACUAACUCCUGUCUAGAUCCCCUGCCUUGCACUGUAGCCAGAUGCAGACUGUAAUGCUGUAAAUUCAGAGUGGCUUACACUGCUCGCUCUUCCCUUGAUGCCUUUCCCUCCACAGAAGCAGUAUUUUGCUCCAUAAACAGCUCUUGCAGAAUGCCACAAACAUUUUUCUAGUUCUCUCCUAUACAAGGGCUCUAUAAUCAUACUCCAGAGCUGUCAUAAUAGAAUAGGAGUCCUUCUCCCUCCCUUCGUCCCUGUGGCCCUAAAACUGCCAACCCAGACUAAUACUGCAGUACAGCAAUGUUCCCAGGCCUUCUUGAAUGCAGAAGACAUAGAGUUCAGAGCUCAUGAGUCCUGUAAGUUAAAUACCUGUACAGGAAACUUCCUUCUAAAACGUGCAAAGUCCAUUUAGCAGACUUUUGACCAGAAAAUUCCAUAGUCCAGCUAUCUUUCAGAGACAUGUGAACUGCUACUGGUCAGUACUAUAUCACUGUUUUCAUUAUUUAAUUACACUUCUAAAAUUCCAGUCUUUCUGAAGCAACUAAAUAUAUGAUGGUUUCUUGAUGUUUGGCCCAUGGGGAAACAGAGUUGACAAAAUGGGGACUGUAGUUUUGACAGUUGACAUCAUGUGUAUUUCCGUAACAGCCCAAGAUGGGUUAUCACUUACAGUCUGUCUUUGCCUUGAACUAGAAGGAAUUGUUCCAAUAGAAUCCUCAUAAUUAUGAAAACUUAGUGAAAGGUGUACACACAGUGCUAUUAAAUUCAAGUGUUUCAAGAUAAUGAUUCUUACACAUGUACAAGUACUUCCCUUAAGAGUCUGUCUGUAAGAAGACCAUUGCUAGUAUGUAACACAGAUGGAAAAUAAAUUAUCCUCUGGGUUUUAGAACUUUUAGCAAGUGUUCAUCAGCUUAUAAAGGUGAGAAAUCAGAUUUUAAGAUUUUUUCACUUUAGAGACAGUACCAGCUGUCUUAAACCUAAACUCCAAGAAUGUACUAUUCGAAAACAUUUAUUCACAGACUUAAAAGCACAGAGUAAAAAUGGGUAAGCAGAACUGUCCUUAUUUUCAGAUUGAGAAAUUCAAAGGUUGAAUAACAUAUCCAGGGUUGCCUGAAAAGCAUGCCCUUUCAAAAAAUUACCCCAAAAAGAUAUACGAACUUUAGUUUUACAUUUCUUCUGGUGUAACUCCUUUUUACAACUGUGCUUAGAAAAAUGGGAACUAAAUUUUCAUUUUAGUUUUUAAAAAGAAUCAAGCUACGAAGUAAAGAUGGAUUAAAUAACUGGUAUAUACUGAUCAUGUGAGCAAUAGUAAUGAGGAGCUGUGCUUUUUCUGUAUCUUUUUCUUUAAAUUAAGCAAUUCUAUUUUAUAAUUAGCAUUUUCAGGUCAAAUUGAAAUCCCUCUACCAUCCAUAAUACUCAAACCAUGUAGCUUUGUUAGAAGUCCUCAGAACAAAUAUCGACACUUUAUUAAUUGCACAGGCUGGAAACAGUAAGGUUACUUGAAAGUGGCUGUUAUGAUUUUGUGUCUGUACAUAGAUCUUGCAAAAUGUUAAUGGUAAUAUGCAUACUGUACCCCACAAACACUGCAAGAAUAGCAUGGUCAUUGUUACGCUUUAUAGCUGUUGUGGAAAAUGUCUUAACCUGCAUUCAUGAUUAUAGUGCCCAUCCUAUUCCCAUGCCAUUUUAUACAGUUGUGGUAAGAUUGUUAUGAAAUCCUUUUGUCAGUCAUGUUCGAGCUAACUUACCUAUGUAUAGAAUUUAUAUAUUAAACCCCCCUAAUUUAUACUGUGUUUUAACAGUUUGCCUGAACUGUCUAUGGUUUCUAAAUUUUGUAAUGUGAGUGUCAAAUAAGAAUAAUAAUAAUAAAAAAAAAAAGG